GUAAACAAAGAGCCAGAGAGGAUGAGCCGGCCUGCCACUCACCAGGAUGCAUUUGAAGAGGUUGUUCUCCUUGGGCGGCAGCUGCACGUUCGGCAUCGCUGCCGGCAGCAGGGCUGGGUGGACACCGGGACGAGCUGCUGCGGAGAGUCGGGCCCCGGGGGACGAGUCACUUCAUUGGCCUAACCUUGAGGCCGAGCAACAGCGCUGGGCUCUUUGGAAGGACUGGCAAUGCAAACGGAAGAUGCUGAAAUGAAUCGCCACCUUUGUGUUUGGCUUUUUAGACAUUCAUCCCUGAAUGCUUAUCCCCGGUGUCGCAUCUAUGUCCGUUCUCAUCAAUUUAGACAGCUGCAUCUUAAAACAAGGCUGGGGGUUCUUGGACAAAAUAGGAAUCACAUUCUCUGUUGUCUUUUAAAUAAGAAUUGGUCCAGGAGAUAUUGUUAUCAAGAUACCAGUAUGAUCUGGAAGCAUAAAGCAUUUCAGAAAUAUAUGGAAGACCUAAAUAAGGAGUACCAAACACUUGGUCGGUGUCUGCAGGACAUCCCUGUGAAUGAAGCAGACCGAAGGUCCAUGACCCGAAGGCGUGCUGAAUUGGCACCACUUGCAGCCAUUUAUCAAGAAAUUCAGGAAGCUGAACAAGCAAUAGAAGAAUUAGAAUCAAUGUGCAAAAGUCUAAAUAAACGAGAUGAAAAGCAGUUACAAGAACUUGCAUUAGAAGAAAGGCAAACCAUUGAUCAAAAAAUCACCACUCUGUACAGUGAGCUUUUUCAGAGUCUGUUGCCAAAGGAAAAAUAUGACAAAAAUGAUGUUAUUUUAGAAGUGACAUCUGGAAGAACUACUGGAGGUGAUAUCUGCCAACAAUUUACCCGAGAAAUAUUUGACAUGUACCAGAAUUAUUCAUGCUAUAAGCACUGGAAAUUUGAACUUCUAAAUUAUACGCCAGCAGAUUAUGGUGGACUACAUCAUGCAGCUGCCCGAAUUUCUGGUGAGAAUGUCUACAAGCAUUUGAAGUAUGAAGGUGGGAUCCACCGAGUUCAGCGAAUCCCUGAGGUGGGCCUGUCAUCGAGAAUGCAGCGUAUUCACACAGGAACUAUGUCAGUCAUUGUCCUUCCUCAGCCAGAUGAGGUAGAUGUGAAAGUGGACCACAGGGAUGUGCGAAUAGAUACAUUUCGAGCCAAAGGAGCAGGAGGACAGCAUGUUAAUACAACAGACAGUGCUGUCAGGCUUGUCCAUAUCCCCACGGGGAUAGUAGUAGAAUGCCAACAAGAACGAUCACAGAUAAAAAAUAAAGAAAUAGCUUUUCAUGUGUUAAGAACUAGACUCUACCAGGAGAUUAUUGAGAAAGACAAGUGUCAGCAACAAAGUGCUAGAAAACUUCAGGUGGGAACCAGGACUCAGUCAGAGAGAAUUCGGACAUAUAAUUUCACCCAGGAUAGAGUCACUGACCACAGGAUAGCAUAUGAAAUUCGUGACAUUAAGGAAUUUUUAUGUGGCGAGAAGUGCCUGGAUCAGCUAAUUCAGAGACUGCUUCAAUCAGCAGAUGAAGAAGCCAUUGUUGAACUUUUGGAUGAAAACCUUAAAUCAUCAAAAUAAAUCAGCUGAUUUAUUAUUAUUAUAUAAAUGGAAUGGGCCUAUCAAGAAACAGAUAAGACAUUGAAAUCUUUAUGAAUAUUCAUAAAUGAAGCUAUAAAUAUAUAUAUUUUAAAGAAUCAAAGUCACAUCUCUUGACUUGAGGAUUUAUUUUCUAUUUUAAUUAAACAAUCCAAACUGUUUAUUAUUUGAAACCCAGGCUGAUUGUGAACUUGACAUCCUCCUGCCUCAACCUUCUGAGUGCUGGGAUACAAGCAUGCACUACUCCUUAUAAAUUAAACAUUUUUCAUGUAUUACUUCAGGAAAAUGUAAAUUUUAAUGAUAGAAGAUUUAGACACAAUCUGUAAAUCCCUUAUUUAAAGAUAGAGAUUAUAGCAGUACCUCAGUUCAUGAACUUAAUUCAUCCCACAAUUGUGGAAAAGAUGGCCACAUUUGUGUUCAUGCAGGAAAGAUGGCCAUAGUUGUGUUCGUCACCUGAUACAGAGUUCACAAACAAAAACAAAAUUUUACCAAAUGCUUCUGUUUGCAAACCAAGUCAUGUGCAAACAGAAGCAUUCAUGAAGCAAGGUACCACUGUACAGGUACUGUUAAUCAUGCAAAAGUUAAGACUGAGUAUUACUUUUUAAUAAAAAAUAAAAAUUACAAAGACUAAAAUAAUAAAAAGGCUUAAAAUUGUAAA